GUAGCCUUUAACAACCGCAACAACAACUUUUGCUUCAUGGUUUAAAAUCUCCCAGUUCUGCCUGCAGUACUAGUGCAUUACACUACUUUAGUACAUCAUAGGUUUCCUACACACUUACAAGGGGUGUGGAGUAAUUAAGUUGUGGCAGUUAAAAGAGUUUAGUCAUGGUUGGAAAUAAGAAAACCUUGCUGGAGGACUCUCUGGCACGGCUGGAUGCUGCUCUGGGCUCCCCUGGGGGUGGUGUUAUGAGGACACCACGCACUGUAAGGCGAAUGCUUACAUCUAAAGAUUUGGAUGUUUCAUCAAUCAUGGAAGGAACUCUGAGUGGACUACCCACAUCCUUUUCACCUGUAAUUCCUCGCACUUCGCACAUUGGAUUAAGUGCAUUAGCCAGCUCUUGUAUGAUUGUAGAUGAUGUAACUGCUCCAGUACCUGCUACUAUGUUAGGUGACACCACACUGGAUGCUACAAGUGCUGCUCUUCUUGCUGAUGAUGACCCAGGAGUUCGGGCAACACAGGUGCUGUUUUCAGAAUUCAUAAACAUCAUGGUGUCCCACCCAUCAGAAGCACAGGUCUGGGAUGAAUUGGAGCAGUAUGAGCAAGUCUGUUGUCAACAAGUGAAUUCCUUGGCCAAGCUCAUUCGUAAGGUUCCAAUACAUCGUGCCAAUUUUACAAACACACAAAAGGUUUACCAGCAGCUGCUAGGUGAGCGCAAUACUUGGAGACUAUUGGGGUCACUGUAUAGUGAGCGCUUAGGUGAAGAUACCAGCAGUAAUGAUUCACCAAUGAUGGACAAUGAACCUACCACUGACUACGCUGUUGUUACUCGGCUUUAUGAUACCAACCGCACAGUUAGAGAGGCACAGAUUGUAAUUGAUUGGUUAGAGAGGAAUGCUGCAGAUGAGUGUGACAACAACUGUUAUGACCGUGUGGAAUACUUUGGAGAUACUCACAUUGCAUGGGAAAACACCCUUAAAACACUAAAGAAUGAGAGCAGUGGUAUUGUUCACCCACUGAAAGGAGCUCGGCCAUUAGUAACUUCAAUGGAUCCUGAUUCUUCUCUGCGCCAGGGUCGACCUCUCCACGACUUAGACCAGGAAGAUGAAAUACGUCUGUUGCGAUCUGUCUUUUCCUACAUCCGUUCUGGCCAGGUAUCAGCUGCAGAGGACCUGUGUGUAAAGUCUGGUCACCACUGGCGGGGAGCAACACUGGAAGGCUGGAAAUUGCAUCAUGACCCAAACCCAGAAGACCCAUCUCAGAGGCAGCCUAUUUCUGGCAAUCCUUAUAGAGAUGUAUGGAAAGCAGUAGCUUGGCGGAUUGCCAGUGAUGAGCGUCUGCCAUCACAUGAAAGAGCCAUCUAUGGUGCUCUCUGUGGCCACUUACCAUCUGUACUUGCAGUAUGUCAUACAUGGUAUGAUGUGCUCUGGGCAUAUACUCGUGCUAUGGUGGAUCAGUGGGUGGAAGAGCAGCUGCGGGGUGCUAACACACACCUUCGGCCACUACACCCUCUACCUCAAGAUUUCCCAGAAGAAAAAUUUUCUAUAAAGGGUGUGUUAGAGGCGGUGGAGAGUCGUCCAGAAGUUCAAAAGCUGCAGCACAAAAACCCUUACCAUAUUCUUCAGAAAUAUCUCAUUCUGGAUGAUAUGGAAUCUCUACUCCAGGAGGCUCAUGUAUGGCUUAGAAAUGGUUUAGCACCCCAUCUUUUAAGGUGCCUUACUCACCUGGUGCUGUUUCUGCGAAGGAUUGGUCGUAUCUCUCAGCAACUGGAACCUCUCUGUACCGAUAUACUUGAGCUUGUAGUGAAAGAAGCCAUUGAGCGUGGGGAUGUUGAACAAGUGGCCUGGUAUACCUCUGUAUUACCCACAUGGCUUCAGGUGGAGUGGUACGCACGUUUCCUCCAUAAUAUAACAGAUGACCACCAUCGCCGUCACGCUCUACAGCUUGCUGCCACUGUAGGACUAGAUACACAUGCAAUCACCUCAGCUGUUGUCACCAGUAUCAGAUUAUCAUCCAACAUUCGUGAUCCUGAGGGAGAAGUGGUGUCAGAAACUACAGCAGAGGAUCGAGUUAAAAUCAGUGCUAUAGACUGGCUGUUGUAUGACCCACAACAACGAGUAGAAGCUCUUAGACAAUCCAAUGCUCUUAUGCGCACUUUUCUUGUCUCGCGCAAGAUUGGAGCCACUCGUGCUUUAUUUAACAAAAUACCAAGUGAUUCAGUGGAUAUAAUAAUGAGGGAGCAUGAAGUUGAGACAGGAUCAUCUGACCUUCCACCACAGGCUGAAAAUGUUGUACGAGAAUACUUCUGUAUACGUACCUUCUUGUCUGCUCAGGAUUCCUUCACUGAUUGGUUUGAUCACUACCAUCAAAAGAGACCAUCUGCUCCUCAGAAGCCUGCAGCAGGUUCAGGAUUUUCUCAGCAGGUAGCCUAUGAACAGGCUGAGCAGCAGUACAAAGGUGAAAUGGAGCGAUGGCAACAUACUUUGAAGCUUAUUACCAAAACUGCCUGUGACCACUUGUACAAUGUCUUGCUGUUCCCUGAGGGUGGUUGGUUAGUCGAUUCAGCUUUAGAAGACCAAGAACCUGAAAUUACAGGAGUGAGUGGGGCAGAAGAAAGUGGUGAAGUCCGAGCUGAAACUCCUGAACCCAACCGAGCACACCAUUUGUCAGUACUUAGAUCCAUUUAUAUCCCACAGGUAACAUCAUUGCUACAGAACAUUCUUCAUUCUACACAAAAUUACAAAGAAAGUCUUCAGUUAGCAGAUAUUAUUGCUUCAGAGCAGCACCAGCUCUACAAGGCCUUUGGUACUUGUGAGCUUCAGCGAUUCUUGGCGAAGCUUCAGGAAACAUCGAGGGAACUCCUAGAUCGUAACUGUGAUGCUUUAGGUUAUCCACUUCAGUAGAGUAUCUUCUUUAUGAUGUAAGAAAUAAAACCAAAAGAUGUAGGAAGUGACUUGUGUUUGUGUAUUCCCUUAGCCAUAGUAAUGGCAGUGCAUACAAUAUUGCACUUAUGCAUUUUGUUACUGUCAUAGAAAUCAUUGGCAGAUUGUGUUUAUAACUCGCUAUAUACUAAAACAUUAAAUACAGAAACUUGAACUGUAACAUAUUUUCAAAGAAGAAAUUUUGUAAUUACUACAUAUAAAUAGGUUUGCCCUUGCUUUAUGCAGUUUUGUUCUAUGUGGGUUUUGCUUCGUGGAAAUUCACUUUCAUGUAAUGACCCUGUUUCAGUCAGUAAUUCACUAGGUGUAUAUAUUCACUGUUUUUUCUUAUCGAGACCAGUACCAGUUGAUAUUAUAAAUAUCUCUCUAUACAUAUUUAUGUUUAUAAAAAAGAAAUAAAAGAAAGAAGAGAAAUUUGGGCAUGGGAAAUCUAAAGAGCAUAUUUUGAAUGAAGCUCUAUGGCUGGUUUUCAACUUAAGAUUUGCAUCAAGUCAAUAAAAUGGCACACAGCGAAAUGAAGUUAAGUGACGCCAAUUCGAAUUUGAGACUAGGGUGGAGAGGAGUAAGAAGAAAGAAAAGUGGGGGGCUGUAUAUUCACAGGUUUAUAACAUACAUUUCAGUCCAGACAAAGACAGGCUGGUUGACCAGUGAAAGAGGAGGAAGAAGGGUAAAAGGCAGGAGGAUUAUGAUUGAAUUUUGGAUUUUAUUUUUUAUUAGGUAUUUAUGAACCAAAAUCAUUUCUUGAAUAUGUCUAUCUGGUGCUUAUUUGAUGUGCUCAUUAUUUUUUGGUAAAAAAUAAUGAGCACUUUUGCAGAGCACUUUGGCUCUGCUAAAUGUAUAGGGAUUAUGAUUGAGUUUUUUCUCUAAUUGUUUUUGGACCAAAUUCAUUUCUUUUUUGUAUGAUUAUGUGGUAUAGGUAUUAUUAUUAUAAUAAAAAAGAAGCGCUAAACCACAAGGGCUAUACAGCGUGGUAUAGGUAUGGUAAGCUCAUUUUCUCUAAAAAAAGUAGAAUUUGCACAGAAUCUGAACUUAUUCCCAUGUAAUGUUUGAUUUACUCUAUAGUAUUUCACUUUGUGCCAUCGGCCAGGAACACUGCUAUUGCAUAAAGUGAGGGACACCUUGAUGUUGAAACUGAGCAAAAAAAUUCUUACAUAAAAGGUAAAGCUUUUUUGUCUUUAUACACCAUAUUUGAGAAGUAAAUCUGAUUUUGAUGUCAGCACAUCUCUGGUAAGAUGACAAUUAAGUGAAUGUUUUCUUGGUGGGCAGUGGUCUUCAGGUUAAAAAAAAAAAAAUAUAUUAACAACUAUUACUACCCUUUACCAAUUUUGAGUAACUUUUUUUUUUUUUUUUUUUUUUCUUGCUUUCUUUCUUUCUUUCUUUCAACAAACUUGCUGUGUUCUGUUCAUAUUCAGUGUUAUAUUUUGACUUCAAGAAAUGUUAUAGAACUUUGUAAGUUCAAUGAACUGGUUUUUACCACAAAAAGUUUUAUAAUUUGGCUAUGUACUUUAUGAAAAGAAUGAAAUAACAUUCAGGGGAGGUAAAUUUAUUUGUCUGAAAGAGCUUAUGUUCACCCUUAGCAUAUUUUUUAAUACUUGUAAGAUAUUUUUAAUGUUCAGAUGUUUGUAAUAAAAUAUUUACAAUUACUUCAUACAAA